GAAAGUACUGGUAAUAAUGAUUCAGUGGAAGAGAGCAAAAAAUCCACCAAAAGCAUCAGUCAGUUGUCUCCGAAAUCUGAGGAUACGGAUGAUGGUUACGGAACAAAUUCAAGUCAAGGAACCACAGUGUCAUCCCCAUUGUCUUCAAGUUUAACGUCCCUAAAUGUUAUAACGGACACAGACAUUUCGAAUGUUCAUGGAGCACCCAAGUUAGCCAUAGCUACCUCAACAUCUACGCAGCAGGAAAACAGUGCAAUUCUCAACCCCUCAAAAACUACCUGGGCAGUCCGACGCAGGACCAAAAUGGCCGAAUCUAAAGAAAACGCUAGCUCCUUGCAAGAACAGCUCCGACAGCUUGCCAUUAUAGAAGAAGAGGAAAAUACUCAAACUAACGAUGUAAGUGGAAAUAGUAUGGACAGAGUGUCAAGGUCAAAGAACUCGAGCGUUAAACUGAGAAAUUCUCCAGAGGAACCCAGUGUAGAUGAAAGCAUGGAUUCAGUGACUUCUGACCUUGAGAAAUUUGAAGGUGAUUUGUAUGACAAAAUGAUUGACAUGGAUCGAAACUACAGGAACUACUGUGGAUUUGAUAAGGAUUUCGAUGUAAAAACUGCUGAUUCUAAAGUGCUUUACUUUCAGGACAAAGUUUUGAAGCAGAAUUACGGAAGUGAUAAUUAUUACAAUCCCAGGGGAUAUUAUGGCAAGGAGUAUGGUGAGGCGGGCAGUGAGAGAUUAGACUCUUCGAUGGGCUCGGUUGGAUCCUUGCCCCGGAAUAUGUCCCUUCCCAGGGACUACACUUCACAAGAGAAUUCCUCCUACAGAUCUUCUACCAGUUACAGUUCUGGGGUAGGAUCUGUGGACGGACGAUUUCACCAGCUCACAAACAUGAGUAUGGACAAUAUUCGAGUCCCGAAAAAUUUGACUUUGCCCGGUAUGCCCGGCAAGGGACAUUUUUCAUCUUCGGAUAAUUUAACUCAAAAUGGGAGGAGACCUUUAUUUGCGAGUUCUGCAGACAUCCAGAAAUUGUUUCAAACUCGUGAUAAUAUCAGUGAUCAAUUACAAAGACCUGCAUCCUGUAGACACAGUUUCCAUGCAAUGCCAUGCACGCAGCAAUGGAUUGUGGAUGCCCAAAACGAGGCCGACAUUAAUGUGCCCAGGCCUAGAGCAGCCUCAGCAAGUGUCUCCUCCAAAUCUAAAUCCUCAUGGAAUCCUUUCGGAGGAAUGUUUAGUAAAAAGAAAAAUAAAUCGGGUGGUUCGAGUCAGGAUGUUACAAGCAAAAACAAGACGCGCGCUGAAACUUCUCCAGCACAGAAACCCAUUAUUAAGUCUGGGACAAAUGUGUCUUCCUUGCCGAAUGGACCGCUGAAGCGAUAUGCUGAAAAGAAGGGCAUUGAAGCCCUUCCUAAUAGUAAUGCUUAUGACCUGCCAUUUCGAACUGUGAAACAAACUGCACCUUCAGGCAGUAAGUUGUCAACUCUGGUGUAAAGAACAUUAUCUUAAUAACUGACAAGCAUUUAAGAGUUAUCUUUCUUUGAUCAGCAUGUUAUUGAGAGCAGAUCUGUGUUACAAUGAUAAUCAAUAACAAAAUUGAUCAUUUAUUGUCAUCAAUGUAAUAAAUCAUCAGCUUAUGUAUUAUAAAUCAGUAAGGUUUUUUUUCUCAGGGGUUUCAUAAAUUCAUCAUAAAAUUCUAAUUCCUAUAGGGUUUUACCAUCAUUCUUUCAUAUCAUUCAAAACAAUUUGAAAAUGUAAUCUUGUUUUUUAUUUAGUUUAGACAUACAUUGUAGUUGCAUACAUUUUCUACAUGUUUUUUUCAGUACAUGCAAUGAUGAAUGUAUUUUUUUCAUACAUUUUAUAUGAUGAUACAUGUACAUGUAUUUUAUUGUUUUAAAUUUUGCACCCAUUUGGGAUUUAAUCCUUUAACAGAACUAGCAGUGAAAUAUUCAAUGUCUUGGCAUUUUCAAUGGUACGGGUAUCAAUUUUUCAAUUCUGAGUUUAAAAAUAUGGAAAAUAAAAAACCUUUCAGUGGCAUUUCAGAACCUUUUAAAAUCAACACUGACAAUAGGUACAUUUGGAAAUGUAGUUCAGUAUUUCAAAGCUCAUCAUUUAUAAUAGACUGUCAUUUAAUAGAAAUUUAUGCCUGUGGCACUGUUUAAUGGUAGAGAUAUUUAUCUCGCAUAUUUUAGCUAAUUUUAGAAUUCUCAAACUUAUUUUACAAUUUAAUGUGUAAUUUUUAUUAGGAAUUUUGUCUCUGGAACUCAAAAUGCAGUUUUUAUUUACACAUCAUUUUAAUUAUGUAUUAUAAAGAUUUUAACUUUAAAUGUCAUUUUAUUUAUCCCUUUUUCAUUGUUAAUGCUUACACAUAAUUUUGUUGAUUGUUGACAAACUUUCGAGGUAUGGUUGUUACAAUGUGCCAUUCUUGCAGCUUUCCCCCAUUUUUCCCCAUUGAAUUAUAUGGCAACAUCAUGUUGGGGUGUACAUGUACAUUUGAUAUUUUCCACCUAUAACAUCAGAUGUUUGUAUAGUGCUACUAGUCUUGACUUGUUUGCUACCUGGCCUGCCUCUGAUUUCAAUUUCUACACCCAGAAGACAGGAAAGUGGGAUUUCAUGUCUCAAAAUUAAGAGCUUAUUUCAAAUACAUGUAUCAAUCGUUGAUUCUAUAGCAGUGAAACUAAUGUGAAAUUACACAUCCGUAUAUACGAUUUUGUCUACAAUUUUCUUUUUUCGCAAUCAGAAGAUUUUUGGUAGAGUUCUUGAAUAAUGUUUUGCAUUUCAUUAUUAUCUAUAUACAAGCUCACAAUUUAUAAGUGAGAUCUGUAUUCAAUUUUUUUUUAACAAAUUGUCAGGUGGGACAAAUUUAUGUCUACUGCUGAAUUUGGUGAACACAUCAGAUUUGUUUUCUGUGAUAAGUGAAUAGGAGCCAGCUCUUGUUAAGAUUAAUAUGAAAGGUGGAUCUAUGCAGGUAUUAAAAAGCUGUAUUUGUACAGGUGUAUUCUAAUUCUAUCCAUGUAGCAUUUAUUGUCACUAAAUCAAAAUAAAAUAUGUCUGAUACAA